CACUAAUCCUGGAACUAUAAGCACAAGAAGCUCAGGUGAAGUACCUAGUGUUUGAAAAUGGCGGUAAAGCCGCUUGCCAGAGACUUUGGCUUGGUGCUCAGUGUGGUAGUGUUGUUGAGUUUGAUGAGCUUGAUCAGUUGCUCAAGUAGGAGUUUUAGUGCACAAGAGAGUGGGGUUUUUGCUGAAGUUGUUGGUGCAACUGAGUGCUUGGACUGUGAUGAGAAGAACAUCAAGCAUGAGAAUGCUUUUAAAGGACUUCAAAUAGCAAUCAAAUGCAAAGUCAUCAACAAGCUGCAAGAACCCUACUACGUGACCAAAGCCACAAGUGAACUCAACCCUAAAGGGGAGUUCAUCGUACAACUUCCAGACGAUGUCAUCGGACACUUAGACGACCUAACCACCCAAUGCUUUGCUCAACUCCAUGAUGCUUCCAACACUCCAUGCCCACACCAAUCUCCUUCCAACAUCAUCCUUCUCCAAUCCAAACUCAAUUCAAACAAGCUCACCUAUUCCACCUCCACAUCAAAGCUCCCAUUCUCCUCAUCUACUUGCUCCUCAGUCUUCCUCUUGCACAAGUUCUUCCACCACCACCAUAUGUACAAAAUGCCAAACCCAUCACCAUAUCCGACACCGGUAUAUGAGCCAAAGCCAAAUCCAAGCCCACCACCAUCACCGGUAUAUAAGCCGACACCAUAUCCAAGCUCACCACCAUCACCGGUAUAUAAGCCGACGCCAAAUCCAAGCCCACCAUCAUCACCUGUGUAUAAUAAGCCUACUUAUGUUCCUAAGUAUCCUCCUGUUUAUAAGAAGCCACUGCCUCCUAUUCCUGAGUACCAUCCACACCCUAAGUACCAGAUUCCUCCUUCCCAUGAAUGGCCACCAAUGCCUCCUUUUCCUAAGUAUCAUGCACACCCUAAGUUCCAGCUUCCUCCUUCCCCUCCCUUCUCUUCCCAUCACCCACAUCACCCUUACUUCCCUCCUAGCAAAGAAGUGGCUCUCCCUAGUCCUUGAGUUUGGCAGCAAAUGAUGAUCUUAAUAAUAAUAUAUGUAUGUUAGUGGUGCAAUAAAGGGUUAUUGUGUAAGGUUGAGUCUGUUGUAACAGCCAUUGUAAGUGUCAUAUUGCUGCCUUGUAAAACAGCCAUGCAUGUAUGACACUAGUAAGAAUUUGAGUUCCGUAUGCAAGUAUUUGGAUUGUAUUUGGUUUAUAAAUUAGUAGAAUUUGGGCCUCAUCUAGGCAUGCUCUCUAUUCCACCCUUU